AUGCUGUCUUCAGUGAGCUCAAUUGAGGUGCUUCAAUUUCUUUGCAAGAUCUUCUUCUGCAUAGUCCAAAACAACCGCACAGCUUCGCCCCUGCCAGGAACGUCUCCAGCUGACCAAUUCUCGGAGGGCAGAGCUUUGCGAUUAAUCAAACGCUUAGCAAAUGAUUUCCCACAUCGCCAGGUGGGUGCCAAACAUUACAGUGACGCAUCAGCUUUCCUGCUGGAUGAGGCUCGGAGUGUGCAGCGACUUGCUGCAAAAAGACAGGACCUGUCCGUGCAGGAUUUUUUUGAGGCGGGUAUAUUGCCUGCCGACACGGAUUUUAGGAUGAUGUCUGCAAAGUACUUUGGGGAGCUGCCGGGCCUUGAUAUUGCAUUCCUGCUGGACUCUGGAGCCUACCACAUGCUCGCAGAUGUGCCUGAAAGAAUCCGCCCAGGCACCUUGCAGGCUAUGGGAGAGAAUGUGGCAGAGUUGAUUGUAGACAUUGGGGACAACCUUAAGCAGGGGAAAGAUGAGGUGGAGGGAGAUGAGAAGUUGAUAUUCUUCGAUGUGCUCGGCUUGUUCAUGGUGACAUAUCCCAUGCGGCUGGCUAGGAUUCUCCACAGGACACCGCUCAUCCUUGCCCUGGCAUUGCCCCUCCUCAGCUUAGCUGUGGGGCCCAAGCUGCAGCGCACCGUGCUGCAGCAGUACCUUGAGCAGUCCAAGAUGGCCCUUGUGGCCUUUUUGAGUGCCGCACUCGCAGUCAUCACUCCUGUGCUCUUCAGUGUUGCAUUUGUCUAUGUCACAGGGAGGCCACUGGCGUGGGUGGGCCACUCUGCAGCAGCAUAUGCGCUGUACAUGCCCCUGGCCCUGGCUGGCGCACUCCUGCCAUAUGGCCUGGCACCCAACGCUCAGCCAAAGUGGGUCCUGCUGGGCUUUGCUGUCCACAUGGGCGUUCUGGCAGAGCUGCUCACCACUGCUGGCUUGGGCGCUGGUUAUGCUUUGACUGCUUGGGCCCUGGCGGCUAUCUUUGCUAGCCUCUUUGUCUCUGGGGAGGACGGUGGGGUGCAGCUGCCCUGGCUGGUGCUGGCAGCAGCGCCGGCCAUUUUGCUGGUGGCGCCCCCGGCGCUGAUGCUGUCCCUCCACAUAGUGCAGAAAGCCAGCACCAGCGGCGCGCCCUUCCUGCAGUAUGGCACAGACAUCUCCGUCGCUGUCGUGCUGGGGCUGUCACUGAUCGGCUGCGUGGGCUUUCUGGGAGGCCUCUUCGCGAUCCAAUUUAGAGCGAAAAUAUGGGUGCCGGUGCUUAUGUUGUGUGUCUUCUCGGCCAUUUUUGGCGUUGUCUGGACGCAGAGAGUGCAGCCGUACACGGCUGAAGCGCCCAAGAAGGUGUACAUGUAUCACAUGCAUCAUGUGAAUGGCAGGAGAGUGGCAAGCUCAACAUGGGACCUGGCUGCCAUAGACUCGUCACCCGUCUCUUGGGCGCUUCCCAGCAGCCUGGCAAGCUUGCCGGUAGGAGAGUGGAAUUCGGGCAGCCAGAUUGUGCUGUACCCGGUGAACAAAUUCAUGCAGGGGAUAAGCCUUCCAGCUCCUGCGCCAGAGCCAGGCACCCCGCUGCCACGCGUGGAUCUGAUUAGUCUGUCAUUCCCCAGCUUUGGAUUCUAUGGAGCCCUGAACCUCACCGGGGACAUGACUGCCUGGUCUUUCACCAACAAGACCUGGCCGAUCGAGGGGGCAAAGGCAGAGAGGAUGGUGCGCUUCACUGGAGCCAAGGGGAGCGAGACAUGGAGAUUCUGGGUGGACAUCAGAACAGGAGGACAGCUGGCCAUUGAUGUUGUGGCAGCGUCCAUAGCGAAAGAAGCGUCGGAGGCAGCGAGGCUGACGGCCAGCUUUCCAGCUUGGGCCUCCGUCGCUGCCUCAGAAGCAUACCACAUGCAUUGGGCGUCAGAGCCGAGCGAGCCCUGA